CCCCCCUCCUCGGCACGAAUUGGUCGCUCCCGCCGUUGGCGCCUGCGCGCACUGUCCUCGCGCGGCCUCCGUCCUUUCCGCCGCCGCCGCCAUCAUGGCCAAGAUCAAGGCCCGCGACCUGCGAGGGAAGAAGAAGGAGGAGCUGCUGAAGCAGCUGGACGACCUCAAGGUGGAGCUGUCCCAGCUGCGCGUGGCCAAGGUGACCGGCGGCGCCGCCUCCAAGCUCUCCAAGAUCCGGGUUGUCCGUAAGUCCAUUGCCCGAGUGCUGACUGUCAUCAACCAGACUCAGAAGGAGAACCUAAGGAAGUUCUACAAGGGCAAAAAGUACAAGCCUCUUGACCUGCGGCCCAAGAAGACUCGUGCCAUGCGCCGCAGACUAAACAAGCACGAAGAACAUUUGAAGACCAAAAAACAGCAGAGAAAAGAGCGACUAUACCCGGUCCGGAAAUAUGCCGUUAAGGCAUAAACCCUUUGUAUGCUAAACAUUUGUUAAUUAUAUUGGCAUCCAUUAGUCCAUAUUAAACAUCAUGCCGUUGAGAAA